AUGCAGACUCAACAGCUGAAAUACCUUACUGACACUGAUCCCUCACCACCUCUUAUUCGUCGUACCCCUCCUAUUACCACUACUUGUAACCUACGUGGUUGGUCCCGAGAAACUAAGUGGAUAACCGGAAUCAUGAUGACAAUUGUCUUCGUGGGAGUGGUCGUGGGUGCCAUCGUGGGUGGAGUCGUGGGCUCGAGGAAUCACCAAUAUCCGGACUACAGUCCGUUGCAGUACCAGCUUGUAGAUAACUACAUGGGGGCUGAUUUCUUCGACAAAUUUAAUUAUUUCAGCGAAGUGGAUCCUACGGGGGGCACCGUUGACUACGUCGAUCAAGCAACGGCCCAGGAUCUGAACUUGACCUAUAGCACUGGUGACUCAGCCGUUCUUAGGGUUGAUGCCUAUAAUGAAGCCACUGAACGUGGCCGUCGGUCUGUCCGCAUCGAGUCAAAGGUGCAGUAUGACCAUGGGCUGUUCAUUUUUGAUAUCGCCCAUACACCAGUUGGCUGUGGCACGUGGCCUGCCGUUUGGCUGCUAGGUCCCGAGCAUCCUUGGCAUGGUGAGAUUGACAUUGUGGAGACGGACAACCUGGCUCAAGACGGGAACAUCGUGACUCUGCAUACCUGGGAAGGCUGCAGCAUGGAGGGCGUCAAACGGAAACAGACCGGGAAGAAAACAAACCUGAAUUGCGGUGAUGGCGACGAGACUGGAUGUGAUGUCCAAGGCAAACCAAGAUCUGAUGGUGAGAAGAUGAAUAGAAAGGGCGGGGGUGUUUAUGCCUUGGAAAUGCGAGACGCUGGCAUCAGGACCUGGUUCUUCCGCCGCAGCAAGCUCCCGCAUGAUAUCGCGAACCCAGGAAAUGUUCCGGAUCCAUCGUCAUGGGGACGACCGUUGGCUGAUUUCCCUAACACGAAGUGUGACAUCGAGUCGCAUUUCGACAACAUGAGAAUCGUUGUCAAUAUUGAUCUCUGUGGUGAGCAGGGUGCUGAUCCGAAGCUCUAUACGGAGAAGUACCACUGUCCGGGGAAUUGUACGGAUUUUGUGAGAGGCAAUCCGGAGUAUUUCAUCGAUGCGUACUGGGAGUUCAAGGGCUUCAAGGUGUAUCAGGCCGAAUGA